AUGAACUUCUCGUAUCCGUCAACUGCCGGCGCCGAAGACCUUCGGUUGCUGCAACCGAUCUCCAUCACGCACACUUUUCUGCAUUUUGAUCUCAUUAAAGUUCGCCGGGCCGCUGCGCCAGCCUACACUGCUGUCUCUUAUACCUGGGGUAACGACCAAGCAACCGAGAUAAUUUAUCUAAAUGGCCAAAAAUUCCACGUGAGGCCAAACCUCUGGUCCUGCCUUCAUUAUAUCGGCCAGGACGCACGAAACCUGGGACUCAAACUGUGGGUUGACGCCAUCUGCAUCGACCAGAGGAGCGACGAUGAGAAGAACGCCCAAGUCCGCCGUAUGGAUGAGACGUACCGAAGCGCAGCCCACGUUUCCGUCUGGCUCGGC